UCACCAAAUACGGCCGUACCGAGGCAGGGCAGUAGAGUAGCAGGAAGCGGCCUCUCUUUCCCUUGAUCCCUGCAGCCUUGUGGGACUGUGGCGGGCUCCACCCAGCUAAACACGUUUUCCGUAUCCCUCCACCCGCCCCCCGUCACCCCUCCACCUCCCUGGUCGAGUACGGAAGCUGACAGGGUCCGCGGGCAGCCAUGGCGGCGCACCUUAAGAAGCGGGUGUACGAGGAAUUCACUAAGGUGGUGCAGCAACAACAGGAGGAAAUUGCUACUAAGAAGCUCCGAUUGACAAAACCAAGUAAAUCUGCAGCUCUUCACAUAGAUCUGUGUAAAGCUACCUCCCCUGCAGAUGCUUUGCAGUACCUACUCCAGUUUGCCAGGAAGCCUGUUGAGGCAGAAAGUGUGGAGGGAGUAGUCAGAAUUCUCUUGGAACAUUAUUAUAAGGAGAAUGAUCCUUCAGUCAGACUGAAAAUUGCAUCUUUGUUGGGUUUAUUAUCAAAGACUGCAGGAUUUUCACCAGACUGCAUCAUGGAUGAUGCCAUUAAUAUCCUGCAGAAUGAAAAAUCUCAUCAAGUCCUUGCUCAACUAUUGGAUACUUUACUUGCAAUUGGCACUAAACUGCCAGAGAAUCAAGCUAUCCAGAUGCGCCUAGUGGAUGUGGCCUGCAAGCACCUGACAGAUACCUCCCAUGGUGUAAGAAAUAAAUGCCUGCAAUUACUUGGCAAUCUUGGCUCUUUGGAAAAAAGUGUCACAAAAGAUGCAGAAACCCUAGCUGUCAGAGAUGUCCAGAAAAUUAUAGGGGAUUACUUCAGUGAUCAAGACCCGCGUGUCAGAACAGCAGCUAUAAAAGCCAUGUUGCAGCUCCAUGAAAGAGGCCUGAAAUUACACCAAACAAUUUAUAAUCAGGCCUGUAAAUUGCUCUCUGAUGACUAUGAGCAAGUGCGCAGUGCUGCAGUCCAGCUUAUCUGGGUUGUCAGUCAGCUCUAUCCUGAAAGCAUUGUCCCAAUCCCUUCUUCUAAUGAAGAAAUCCGCUUGGUUGACGAUGCUUUUGGAAAAAUUUGUCACAUGGUCAGUGAUGGCUCCUGGGUGGUUCGAGUUCAAGCAGCAAAGCUUUUGGGCUCUAUGGAGCAAGUCAGUUCUCAUUUCUUGGAGCAGACACUAGACAAGAAGCUGAUGUCAGACCUAAGGAGAAAACGCACUGCACAUGAGCGUGCAAAGGAACUUUACAGUUCAGGGGAGUUUUCCAGUGGUAGGAAGUGGGGAGAUGAUGCUCCCAAGGAAGAAGUAGAUACCGGAGCUGUGAACUUGAUCGAGUCAGGAGCUUGUGGAGCCUUUGUUCAUGGAUUGGAAGAUGAAAUGUAUGAGGUCCGCAUUGCUGCUGUGGAGGCUCUGUGUAUGCUCGCCCAGUCAUCACCCGCUUUUGCUGAGAAGUGUCUUGAUUUUUUGGUUGACAUGUUUAAUGAUGAAAUUGAGGAAGUACGCCUGCAAUCCAUACAUACCAUGAGAAAAAUCUCUAACAAUAUUACCCUUCGAGAGGAUCAGCUUGACACUGUCUUGGCUGUGUUAGAGGAUUCAUCCAGAGAUAUUAGAGAGGCUCUUCAUGAACUAUUAUGCUGCACUAAUGUCUCAACCAAAGAAGGGAUUCAUCUUGCACUGGUGGAGCUGCUAAAAAAUUUAAACAAGUACCCUACUGAUAGGGACUCCAUCUGGAAAUGCUUGAAGUUUCUGGGAAGCCGGCAUCCAACACUGGUGCUUCCCCUGGUGCCAGAGCUCCUGAGCACCCACCCGUUUUUCGACACAGCUGAACCAGACAUGGAUGAUCCAGCUUACAUUGCCGUUUUGGUUCUUAUUUUCAAUGCUGCUAAAGCCUGUCCAACAAUGCCAGCAUUGUUCUCAGAUCAUACCUUCAGACACUAUGCUUACCUCCGAGAUAGUCUUUCUCAUCUUGUUCCUGCCUUGAGGUUGCCAGGGAGGAAGCUAGUGUCUGCAGCUGUUUCCCCCAACAUCACACCUCACGAGGAUCCUUCCCAUCAGUUCCUGCAGCAGAGCCUCGAAAGGGUGUACAGUCUUCAGCAUCUGGACCCUCAGGGAACUCAGGAACUGCUGGAAUUCACCAUCAGGGAUUUGCAAAGACUUGGAGAACUUCAAUCUGAAUUAGCAGGAGUAGCUGAUUUCUCUGCUACUUAUCUUCAGUGUCAACUUCUUCUCAUCAAGGCCUUGCAGGAAAAACUCUGGAAUGUAGCUGCCCCUUUGUAUUUGAAGCAGAGUGAUUUAGCUUCAGCAGCAGCAAAACAGAUCAUGGAAGAAACCUACAAAAUGGAGUUCAUGUACAGUGGUGUGGAGAACAAGCAGGUGGUGAUUAUACAUCACAUGAGACUUCAGGCCAAAGCCUUGCAGCUUAUAGUAACAGCACGAACUACUCGAGGAGUUGAUCUCUUAUUUGGGAUGUGUGAAAAAUUCUUGCAAGAGGUGGAAUUUUUUCAAAAGUGUUUCAUUGCUGAUUUGCCCCAAAUGCAGGACAGUUUUGUGGACAAACUUCUUGACCUCAUGCCUCGACUCAUGACAUCCAAACCUGCAGAAGUGGUCAAAAUUCUGCAGACCAUGCUGCGACAGAGUACCUUCCUGCAUCUCCCCCUUCCAGAGCAGAUCCACAAAGCCUCAGCCACCAUCACUGAGCCAGCAGGCGAGUCAGACAACCCUUUACGGUUUACAUCUGGGUUGGUGGUAGCCCUGGAUAUCGAUGCAACCCUGGAACACGUGCAGGAUCCUCAGAGCACUGUCAAGGUCCAGGUCUUAUAUCCAGAUGGACAGGCCCAGAUGAUCCACCCUAAACCUACAGACUUCCGGAAUCCUGGCCCAGGGCGACACCGACUUAUCACUCAAGUGUACCUGUCCCACACCGCCUGGACAGAACCAUGCCAGGUGGAAGUGAGGCUGCUGCUGGCCUACAACUCCAAUUCACGAAUUCCAAAAUCCUUCUGGAUCGAGGGCGGUGAGGUGUCACCCCAGUUAGAAACCAGCAUUGAGGGCACUAUCCCUUUCAGCAAGUCUGUGAAGGUUUACAUAAUGCCCAAACCCGCUCGGCGCUGAGUCACAGGAUGUCUUUGUAGUUCAGCCUAGCAGGCCCUUCCUAGGUAUUGGAGCCAGAGCCUGAAGCACUUCACCUGGAAAUAGCGGAUAGGCUUAAGGAGAAAUAGCACCCUCACAGUCUCAUCUAGUAUCAAACGCAGGAUAAGUUAUUCUGCAUUAAAAGAACAAAAACCUUCAAUACUAUUCAUGAUGUCUCCCAUCUCUUAUCCCCACAAUAAAGUUGAGAAAACACCAAA